AUGGUCAGCUCAAAGGUUAUUUUGCGUGUUCCAGGGGCGUUCGACAGGGAGAUCCUCUUUGGCAUCGCUGAAGAUGUUCUUGGUAGGCUUUUCACGAAUUGUGUGAGUGCGGGCACGCUGACUCCGAUGCAAAUGAGACGGGGAACUAAUUUUCCCACUCACAUCUUAUAUGCGGAUGAUGUUCUGGUUUUCUGUCACGCCACGGUCAAUAACGCUCGUACUAUUCAGAAGAUUUUGGAUUAUUAUGGCCAAAUCUCCGAUCAGAUUGUGAGCCAGGAUAAGUCGCAAAUUUUCUUUACUAAUAAAGUUCCUAUUCAGACUUGCAGGGCGAUAAGGAAUUUUUUGAGAUUUCCUCAGGGGAAUUUUCCGAUCAAUUAUCUUGGAGUUCCCAUCUUUAAGGGCAGAGUGAGAGCCUCUUAUCUCCGCCCGAUCCAAGAUCGUGUGAUCAACAAGUUUGCGAGAUGGAAAGGUUUACAUUUGUCUAUGGCUGGGAGGCUUUGCCUGAUUCGGUCAGUUAUCCAAAGCUCCCUGACGCACGCCAUGAUGGUGUAUAGAUGGCCGACUGCGCUUAUCAAAGAGCUGGAUGCGUGCUGCCGGAACUUUCUUUGGACGGGCAACAUUAAGCAGGUGUCGUCUUGUUCUGUUAGCUGGAAUAGGGUUUGCUCGAUUAAGGAGGAAGGAGGCCUCGGUGUCAGAUCGUUCGAGCUCAUGAAUAAAAGCUACCUCAUGAAAAUGGCGUGGAAGGUGGUUUGUGGCUGUGAUUUUGGCUAUGAUCUGAUUCGUGAUAGAUAUCUGGAUUGUUUUGGGCGUCGUAAACCUUUGGUGGCCGCUUCUACUAUCUGGAUGGGCUUACGUGAGGAAAUUGAUGGACUGGUGGCAGAUUCGUAUUCGCAUAUUGGGGAUGGGGUUUCCACCUCGUUCUAG